AAUCCUCAUUAUGUCUAAAGGCACAGUGGUUCUGGCCUACAGUGGAGGACUGGACACCUCCUGUAUCUUGGUGUGGUUGAAGGAAGAAGGAUAUGAUGUCAUCACAUACUUGGUAAGGAACACACACAAGUAAGAACCUAUACUGUAUGUGGGACAAGUCUGUGUGUGGGACAGGUGGGGCCAAUAUAACUUGAGUUCAGACAGCACACAGCCAUCCAGUUGGUGCUCUCCUUUAUUGUACGUCAACCUGUUAGAGCCUAAAUGUGUCACUUGUGCAGCUGAAACCCCAAAGAAUGUUCAUUUUAUGCAGUUUUAGAUAUUUGUAAAGAAGGGAUUAAUUCUCCCGAGCAAUCAGUUAACCCCCCCAAAAGUGCUAUCUGGCUGCAUAAUGCUGGUGAAAAGCAGUCUGGAUUAACUUUUUGCCCAUAGGCCAGUUCAGAACUGCACAUGAUGCAGAUUUUUCUCUUGUCUAACUGUUUAUUCAUUGUCUGGCUAGAGAAAGGGGUGGGGGUGGGGAUGCUGAAGGGCUAUGGCACGGUACUGUGCCUCCUGUUGGUUUUGGGGUUAAUCAUUCGGAGGGUGGGAGGGAGGGAUAAUAACUUUAAUAACUCACUUACACUUUAAUAACUCUACCUAAAUGUACAUAUUACCUUAAUUAUCUCGACUAUCUGCACAUUGACUCGGUACCGGUACCCCCUGUAUAUAGCCUCGCUAUUGUUAUUUUACUGCUGCUCUUUAAUUAUUUGUUACUUUUUUUUAAAAUAAUUAAGGGCUUGUAAGUAAGCAUUUCACUGUAAGGUCUACACCUAUUGUAUUUGGCGCAUGUGACAAAUACAAUUUGAUUUGAUUUGAGGGACAACAGAAAGGCACUGUCCCAAUCGGCAACCUGUUUUUCUUGUUGAAAUCACUGUCUGCUCUUGUGUUAUGUUGUGAUAGAAAAACCUCUGCCAAGCAAGCAUUCAGAAUACCACAGAGGCAGACAGACAGGAAUAGCUACCUCAUUUAUGUGGAAGAAGACCACAGAGGCAGAAAAAAACAGGCACAGCUACCUCAGUUGAACCAUUUGCAUUCUUCAGUUGAUUUAAUGAGAGAGAGAGAGAGAUACAGUGCCUUCGGAAAGUAUUCAGACCCCUUGACUUUUUCCACAUUUUGUUACAUUACAACCUUAUUCUAAAAUUUAUUAAAUUGUUUUUUUCCCUCAUCAAUCUACACACAAUAUCCCAUAAUGACAAAGCGAAAACAGGUUUUUAGAAAUGUUAGCACAUUUAUUUUAAAAAAUACCUUAUUUACAUAAGUAUUCAGACCCUUUACUCAGUACUUUGUUGAAGCACCUUUGGCAGCGAUUACAGCAUUGAGUCUUCUUGGGUAUGACGCUACAAGUUUGCCACACCUGGCACAUCUGCCACGCUGAUCCUCAACACGGGGGCACCUCAGGGGUGCGUGCUCAGUCCCCUCCUGUACUCCCUGUUCACCCAUGACUGCAUGGCCAGACACGACUCCAACACCAUCAUUAAGUUUGCUGACGACACAGCAGUGGUAGGCCUGAUCACCAACAACGAUGAGACAACCUAUAGGGAGGAGGUCAGAGACCUGGCCAUGUGGUGCCAGGAUAACAACCCCUCCCUCAACGUUAUCAAGACAAAGGAGAUGAUUGUGGACUACAGGAAAAGAAGGACCGAACAUGCCCCCAUUCUCAUCGGCGGGGCUGUAGUGGAGCAGGUUGAGAGCUUCAAAUUCCUUGGUUUCCAAAACACCAACAAACUAUCAUGGUCCAAACACACCAAGACAGUUGUGAAGAGGGUGCGACAAAGCCUAUUCCCCCUCAGGAGACUGAAAAGAUUUGCCAUGGGUCCUCAGAUCCUCAAAAAGUUAUACAGCUGCAGGCACUACAAAGGGUAGUGCGUACGGCCCAGUACAUCACUGGAGCCAAGCUUCCUGCCAUCCAGGACCUCUAUACCAGGCGGUGUCAGAGGAAGGCCCUCAAAAUUGUCAAAGACUCCAGCCACCCUAGUCAUAGACUGUUCUCUCUGCUACCGCGCAUCAAACGGUACCGGAGCUCCAAGUCUAGGUCCAAAAGGCUUCUCAACAGCUUCUACCCCCAAGCCAUAAGACUCCUGAACAGCUAAUCAUGGCUACCCGGACUACCCCCACCCCCUCUUUUACGCUGCUGCUACGCUGUUUAUUAUCUAUGCAAAGUCACUUUUAACUAUACCUACAUGUACAUAUUACCUGCACAUUGACUCUGUACCGGUACCCCCUGUAUAUAGCCUUGCUACUGUUAUUUUUAAUGUUAUUUUACUGCUUUUAUUUUUUACUUAACACUUAUUUUUCUUAAAACUACAUUGUUGGUUAAGGGCUUGUAAGGAAGCAUUUCAUUGUAAGGUCUACUACACCUGUUGUAUUUGGCGCGUGUGACAAAUACAAUUUGAUUUGAUUUUGGGAGUUUCUCCCAUUCUUCUCUGCAGAUCCUCUCAAGCUCUGUCAGGUUGGAUGGGGAGCAUUGCUGCGCAGCUAAUUUCAGGUCUCUCCAGAGAUGUCUGGAUCGGGUUCAAGUCCGGGCUCUGGCUGGGCCACUCAAGGACAUUCAGAGACUUGUCCCGAAGCAACUCCUGCGUUUUCUUGGCUGUGUGCUUAGGGUCGUUGUCCUGUUGGAAGGUGAACCUUCGCCCCAGUCUGAGGUCCUGAGCACUCUGGUGUAGGUUUUCAUCAAUGAUCUCUCUGUACUUCGCUCUGUUCAUCUUUGCCUCAAUCCUGACUAGUCUCACAGUCCUUGCAGAUGGAAAAACAUCCCCACAGCAUGAUGCUGCCACCACCAUGCUUCACCAUAGCGAUGGUGCCAGGUUUCCUCCAGAUGUGAUGCUUGGCAUUCAGGCCAAAGAAUUCAAUCUUGGUUUCAUCAGACUAGAGAAUCUUGUUUCUCAUGGUCAGAUGCCUUUAGGUGCCUUUGGCAAACUCCAAGCGAGCUGUCAUGUGCCUUUUUACUGAGGAGUGGCUUCCGUCUGGCCCCUCUACCAUAAAGGCCUGAUUGGUGGAGUGCUGCAGAGAUGGACGUCCUUCUGGAAGGUUCUCCCAUCUCCACAGAGGAAAUCUAGAGCUCUGUCAGAGUGACCAUCGGGUUCUUGGUCGCCUCCCUCACCAAGGCCCUUCUCCCCUGAUUGCUCAGUUUGGCCGGGCGGCCAGCUCUAGGAAGCGUCUUGGUGGUUCCAAACUUCUUUCAUUUAAGAAUGAUGGAGGCCACUGUGUUCUUGGGGACCUUUAAUGCUGCAGACAUUUUUUGAUACCCUUCCCCAGAUCUGUGCCUCGACACAAUCGUGUCUCGGAGCUCUAUGGACAAUUCCUUCGACCUCAUGGCUUGGUUUUUGCUCUGACAUGCACUGUCAACUGUGGGACCUUAUAUAGACAGAUGUGUGCCUUUCCAAAUCAUGUCCAAUCAAUUGAAUUUACCACAGGUGGACUCCAAUCAAGUUGUAGAAACAUCUCAAGGAUGAUCAAUGGAAACAGAAUGCACCUGAGCUCAAUUUCGAGACUCAUCGCAAAGGGUCUGAAUACUUAUGUAAAUAAGGUUUAUAAUUUUUUAUUAUUUUAAUACAUUUGCUAAAAUUUAUAACCAUUUUUUUCGCUUUUUCAUUAUGCGGUAUUGUGUGUAGAUUGCUGAGGAUUUGUAUUUAUUUAAUCCAUUUUAGAUUAAGGUUGUAACGCACAAAAUGUGGAAAAGGUCAAGGGGUCUGAAUACUUUCUGAAGGCACUGUAAGUUGAUGUCAGAAACCCUCCGGUUGCCGGCUCACUCCACACCUGAUUUUCCCCUCUGAGCUGGGUUUUGUUAAGUCUUAGUUUAUGAGUUACCGUUCAAAAGGAAAAAGACAUGGUUAAUCAACAAUCUGUGAAUAAAUCCCUCUAUUAUAUUCAUGGAGCAGCAGUGCACUGCUAGACUGUGCGGAAGCAUGUCGGUGUUAUCAGGUCAUGGAUGUGACCUGAAUGUUAAAAUGGUGGGCAAUGGGACUUCAGCAGCCAAUCCGUGACAAGCAAUGGCUUUGGUCCCUGGCGAGAAGGACCGGGGAUGAAGACGUGCCUUUUUUCAAUUAGAUUUGCUCAACUCCUACGUCCUCUCUCCUCCGUCCUCUCUGGCCUCCUUUUGAAAAAGGUCAAAGGUAAUCGAGGAGAGGGAAAGUGGACCAAAUUAUGCUUGGAAUCCCAAAAUAAAUGUAUAAAGUGAUCAAAAACUAAUUUAGCUAAUUGUGCAAGACAUUCUAUAGAUAAAAGGAUAAGUAGCAUAUUGUUUUUAAAUGUUUGCAUGCUUUUCUCCUUCCAGAAAACAAUAGCUGAUUCAAAGAGGGUAUGGCAGAAUUCAAAACAAUCUUCCGCAGAGGACUCGGUUAGGAUACACUUGUGCUUCCUCGCCAAAAGGGGGCUAUCGAUGAGGGUAGGACCGUCUUCCGUUUUGGAUGACCACUUAUUAGUUUCCAGGUCACGGAGUAGAGGGGGCGGGGGAUGGACUUUUGCCCAAAGAAGCAAAGGCCACAGGAAAUUGUUUGGAGGAGACAGGAAAUGAAUUAUGAACCAUCUCAUUACGUUUCCGUGCGAAGCUGUGUUGCACAGAUGGCGUUUUUGGUUUGCUUUCAUGCCAAGAGCACUUAACACCUUACUGGUAAUUGGUAUUACGGAUGCAUUUUGGUGCAUAGCUGGUUCAUGGCUCUUGACAACAGGCUCUUGGGAUGUUGACAGGGUUUGCUUUCGAUUGAGGCCAUGACAAGGUAUGGUUCAUUAGCAUGUUUUCAUGGCAACCAGGGUUCUGAUGAUUUUCUGACUAAGUGCUCUCAUAAUAAACAUGCUAAUGAAGUUUGGAGAACAUGAAACAUUUUCACUGAAACACUGCUGUAGUAUGCUAUUUUAGGCACCAGUUGAUUAGAUGUAACUAAAACUCUCUUGCAGGCCAAUAUUGGACAAGAAGAGGACUUUGAUGCUGCAAAGAAGAAAGCAGAGAGUCUUGGAGCAAAGAAGGUAAAAAGCUGAGUCUAAGCGUCAUGACAUUGGUAAGACAAGGUAGCAUAGUGGUGUGGAGGACACGGUAGACCACAUUUUGCAAUAGCAAAGUUGACUUUGAAAAGGUAAAAGAGGAGGUCCAGGAUCUGGUUGAAGUAACAGUGUAGUAGAAUCUCUUGCGAAUACAAUACAUAUACACAAAAAAUAUAAACAAGAAAUACAUAGGCUAAUAGUACCAGAGGCUAAAAAGCCAAGGCCAAUAGCAUGGUGGCUAAAAUAAAACAUGGCUAAAAGGAGCAAAUUCUUCUUCUGAGUCUCAAGAUUAGUCAUUCUGAAUUACAUACAGUGCCGUGAAAAAUAUUUGCCCUUUUCUGAUUAUCUCUAUUUUUGCAUAUUUUUGAUACUGAAUGUUAUCAGAUCUUCAACCAAAACCUAAUAUUAGAUGAAGGGAACCUGAAUUUACAAAUAACAAAUAUAUAUACACUACCGUUCAAAAGUUUGGGGUCACUUAGAAAUGGCCUUGUUUUCCAUGAAAACAUACAUCAGGGUUCUUCAAUUCCGGUCCUGGAGGGCCGAAACACCUCUGUUUUUCAUCCUCUCCUUCUAAUCAGGGGCUAAUUCAGACCUGGGACACCAGGUGAGUGCAAUUAACUACCAGGUAGAAAUAAAAAACAGAAGUGUUUUGGCCCUCCAGGACCGGAAUUGAAGAACCCUGACAUACAUGAAAUUAGUUUCAAUAGGAAAUAUAGCAAAAUGCAUAGGAAAUGUAGUCAUUGACAAGGUUAGAAAUAAUGACUUUUAAUAGAAAGAAUAAUUGUAUCCUUCAAACUUUGCUUUCGUCAAAGAAUCCUCCAUUUGCAGCAAUUACAGCCUUGUAGACCUUUGGCAUUCUAGAUGUCAAUUUGUUGAGGUAAUCCGAAGAGGUUUCACCCCAUGCUUCCUGAAGCACCUCCCACAAGUUGGAUUGGCUUGAUGGGCACUUCUUACGUACCAUACGGUCAAGCUGCUCCCACAACAGCUCAAUAGGGUUGAGAUCCGGUGACUGUGCUGGCCACUCCAUUAUAGACAGAAUACCAGCUGACUGCUUCUUCCUUAAAUAGUUCUUGCAUAGUUUGGAGCUGUGCUUUGGGUCAUUGCCCUGUUGUAGGAGGAAAUUGGCUCCAAUCAAGCGCCGUCCACAGGGUAUGGCAUGGCGUUGCAAAAUGGAGUGAUAGCCUUCCUUCUUCAAGAUCCCUUUUACCCUGUACAAAUCUCCCACUUUACCACCACCAAAGCACCCCCAGACAUCACAUUGCCUCCACCAUGCUUGACAGAUGGCAUCAAGCACUCCUCCAGCAUAUUUCCAUUUGGUCUGCGUCUCACAAAUGUUCUUCUUUGUGAUCCGAACCCCUCAGACUUCGAUUCGUCUGUCCAUAACACCUUUUUCCAAUCUUCCUCUGUCCAGUGUCUGUGUUCUUUUGCCCAUCUUAAUCUUUUCUUUUUAUUGGCCAGUCUGAGAUAUGGCUUUUUCUUUGCAACUCUGCCUAGAAGGUCAGCAUCCCGGAGUCGCCUCUUCACUGUUGGCGUUGAGACUGGUGUUUGCGGGUACUAUUUAAUGAAGGUGCCAGUUGAGGACCUGUGAGGCAUCUGUUUCUCAAACUAGACACUAAUGUAUUUGGCCUCCCACUCCUCUUUCUAUUCUGGUUAGAGCCAGUUUGCGCUGUUCUGUGAAGGGAGUAGUACACAGCGUUGUACGAGAUCUUCAGUUUCUUGGCAAUUUCUCGCAUGGAAUAGCCUUCAUUUCUCAGAACAAGAAUAGACUGAUGAAUUUCAGAAGAAAGUUAUUUGUUUCUGGCCAUUUUGAUUCUGUAAUCGAACCCACAAUUGCUGAUGCUCCAGAUACUCAACUAGUCUCAAUAAGGCCAGUUUUAUUGUUUCUUUAAUCAGCACAACAGUUUUCAGCUGUGCUAACAUAAUUGCAAAAGGGUUUUCUAAUGAUCAAUUAGCCUUUUAAAAUGAUAAACUUGGAUUAGCAAACACAACGUGCCAUUGGAGCACAGGACUGAUGGUUGCUGAUAAUGGGCCUCUGUACACCUAUUCCAUAAAAAAUCAGCCGUUUCCAGCUACAAUAGCCAUUUGCAACAUUAACAAUGUACACUGUAUUUCUGAUCAAUUUGAUAUUUUAAUGGACAACAAAAUUGCUUUUCUUUUGAAAACAGGGACAUUUCUAAGUGACCCCAAACUUUUGAACGGUAGUGUGUGUGUGUAUGUAUGUAUAUGUGUAUAUAUAUAUGUAUAUGUGUGUAUAUAUAUAUAUAUAUAUAUAUAUAUAUAUAUAUAUAUAUAUAAUUUUUUUUAAAGUUAUUUUAUUGAUUUAAUUAACAAAGUUAUGCAACACCCAAUUCCCCUGUGUGAAAAAGUAUUUGCCCCCUUAAACUGGUUGUGCCACCUUUAGCUGCAAUGACUGCAACCAAAUGCUUCCUGUAGUUGUUGAUUACCGUAUUUUCCGCACUAUAAGGCGCACCGGAGUAUAAGCCGCAGCAGCUAAAUUGAAUGAUAUUGAAUGAUGUGUACAUAUAUAAGCCGCACUGGACUAUAAGCCGCAGGUGUUUUAAUGUUUAAUUACCAUAUGUAAGGGUUCGUGCACAGAGGGGAUUGUCGGGAAAGAGACAAACUGUCUCGCUCUCGUAAUGUCUGUCUGUCUUGCUCUCGUUCUGUCUCUCGUUCUGUCUCUCGUACCACUCUCGGUUCCACUUUUACUUUUGCGCGCUACCUGUCUCACUCUUUUCCGGCCUCCAGCUUUUCCUGCUGGAGCCCGCCGCUUAAAGGUGGGGGGCGCGGACCGGUCAUAGAGCCCAUAGAGUUCAAGUUGGUGGACUGUAACCUGUAAAAUCCAUAGAUUUAGGAGGUCUUCUAGUGGCCGUUAGCUGUAAAAAUCCAUAGAUUAGCCGCACCGUUAUAUAAGCCGCAGGGUCGAAAAAUGGGGAAAAAGGCGCAGCGAAUUUUGGCCCACUCUUGCGUGCAGAACUGCUUUAACUCAGCGACAUUUGUGAGUUUUAAAGCAUGAACUGCUUGUUUCAAGUCCUGCCACAACAUCUCAAUUGGGAUUAGGUCUGGACCAUUGGUACAAGGUUCUUACUGUGGAAUGCAGUGUUUGGUUUUCGCCAGGAAUAAUGGGACCCAUGUCAUCCAAAAGGUUGACUGAUGUUUGCCAAAAAGCACCUGGAUGAUCAUCAAGACUCUUGGAAGAAUGUUCUAUGGACAGAUUCAAAAUUAUAACUUUUUGGACAACAUGGGUCCCUUCAUGCCUGGCGAAAACCAAACACUGCAUUCCACAGUAAGAACUUUAUAUCAACGGUCAAGCAUGGUGGUGGUAUUGUGAUGGUUUGGGGAUGCUUUGCUGCCUCAGGACCUGGACGACUUGCCUUAAUAGAAGGAACCAUGAAUUCUGCUCUGUAUCAGAGAAUUCUACAGGAGAAUGUCAGGCCAUCCAUCUGUGAGCUGAAGCGCAGCUGGGUCAUGCAGCAAGACAAUGAUCCAAAAUGCACAAUCAAGUCUAAAUGAAAAUGGGAAAAAAAGCAACAAAUUGGAAGUUUUGGAAUGGCCUAGUCAAAGUCCAGACCUAAUCCCAAUUAAGAUGUUGUGGCAGGACUUGAAACGAGCAGUUCAUGCUUGAAAACCCAAAAAAUUGCUGAUUUACAGCAGUUCUGCUUGGAAGUGAGCCAAAAUUCCUCCACAGCGACGUGAGAGACUGAUCAACAACUACAGGAAGCGUUUGGUUGAAGUCAUUGCGGUUAAAGGUGGCAGAACCAGUUAUUGAGUGUAAAGGGAUAAUUACUUUUUCACACAGGGACAUUGGGUGUUGCCUAACUUUGUUUAUGAAUUAAGUAUGUACUUAUUGUGUUAUUUGUUCACUCAGGUUCCCUUUAUCUAAUAUUAGGCUUUGGUUGAAGAUCUGUUAACAUUCAGUAUAAAAAAAUAUGCUAAAGUAUAGAAAAUUAGGAAGGGUGCAAGUAAUUUCACGGUACUGUAUGUAUGCAUCAUUACAGACGCUGGUUGAUAUGAAACUGAUAUCUUUCAAUUGAACAGUGAGAACAGUGAGACAUUUGAUACUUUGGGUACAGAGUGAUGUUGAGCAGCUUGAGUCAGUUCAAGGUUGGAUUGUCACUCCCUGAGGUCUAGAAUUAUGUGUCCUGACAUCUGGGUCACAGAGUUAUAGGAAAUGAUUAUGCAGGCAAAUCGUAUUACGUAUUAUGUGAGGAUAUGACAUCUGGGUUGUCGUCUUCUUAGCAGCUAACAUAGCAGGUCCUCACUCUUUCUGCCUUUCUCUUGCCAUUUAAGAUUUGGAAGCAAAAGUUUGUCAACACAAAGCAAAGCCAUUACAAGUGAACUAACUGACAUUGCUUGUGUAUUAGGAUUGUCAAGGGAGCAUUUAGUGAAAUAUUGUUGAUGUAAGCUUUAAUAUGAAUGGUUCAAGUGUAACCUCCCUCCAUGUAAACAGUGAGGGAAAAAAGUAUGUGUUCCACUGCUGAUUUUGUAUGUUUGCCCACUGACAAAGACAUGAUCAGUCUAUAAUUUUAAUGGUAGGUUUAUUUGAACAGUGAGAGACAGAAUAACAACAAGAAAUUCCAGAAAAACGCAUGUCAAAAAUGUUAUAAAUUGAUUUGCAUUUUAAUGAGGCAAAUAAGUAUUUGACCCCUCUGCAAAACAUGACUUAGUACUUGGUGGCAAAACCCUUGUUGGCAAUCACAGAGGUCAGACGUUUAUUGUAGUUGGCCACCAGGUUUGCACACAUCUCAGGAGGGAUUUUGUCCCACUCCUCUUUGCAGAUCUUCUCCAAGUCAUUAAGGUUUCGAGGCUGACGUUUGGCAACUCAAACCUUCAGCUCCCUCCACAGAUUUUCUAUGGGAUUAAGGUCUGGAGACUGGCUAGGCCACUCCAGGACCUUAAUGUGCUUCUUCUUGAGCCACUCCUUUGUUGCCUUGGCCGUGUGUUUUGGGUCAUUGUCAUGCUGGAAUACCCAUCCACGACCCAUUUUCAAUGCCCUGGCUGAGGGAAGGAGGUUCUCACCCAAGAUUUGAUGGUACAUGGCCCCGUCCAUCGUCCCUUUGAUGCGGUGAAGUUGUCCUGUCCCCUUAGCAGAAAAACACCCCCAAAGCAUAAUGUUUCCACCUCCAUGUUUGACAGUGGGGAUGGUGUUCUUGGGGUCAUAGGCAGCAUUCCUCCUCCUCCAAACACGGCGAGUUGAGUUGAUGCCAAAGAGCUCGAUUUUGGUCUCAUCUGACCACAAUACUUUCACCCAGUUCUCCUCUGAAUCAUUCAGAUGUUCAUUGGCAAACUUCAGACGGGCCUGUAUAUGUGCUUUCUUGAGCAGGGGGACCUUGCGGGCGCUGCAGGAUUUCAGUCCUUCACGGCGUAGUGUGUUACCAAUUGUUUUCUUGGUGACUAUGGUCCCAGCUGCCUUGAAAUCAUUGACAAGAUCCUCCCGUGUAGUUCUGGGCUGAUUCCUCACUGUUCUCAUGAUCAUUGCAACUCCACGAGGUGAGAUCUUGCAUGGAGCCCCAGGCAGAGGGAGAUUGACAGUUAUUUUGUGUUUCUUCCAUUUGCGAAUAAUCGCACCAACUGUUGUCACCUUCUCACCAAGCUGCUUGGCGAUGGUCUUGUAGCCCAUUCCAGCCUUGUGUAGGUCUACAAUCUUGUCCCUGACAUCCUUGGAGAGCUCUUUGGUCUUGGCCAUGGUGGAGAGUUUGGAAUCUGAUUGAUUGAUUGCUUCUGUGGACAGGUGUCUUUUAUACAGGUAACAAACUGAAAAUUAAGAGUGUGCUCCUAAUCUCAGCUCGUUACCUGUAUAAAAAGACACAUGGGAGCCAAAAAUCUUUCUGAUUGAGAGGGGGGUCAAAUACUUAUUUCCCUCAUUAAAAUGCAAAUCAAUUUAUAACAUUUUUGACAUGCGUAUUUCUGGAUUUUUUUGUUGUUAUUCUGUCUCUCACUGUUCAAAUAAACCUACCAUUAAAAUGAUAGACUGAUCAUUUCUUUGUCAGUGGGCAAACGUACAAAAUCAGCAGGGGAUCAAAUACUUUUUUCCCUCACUGUACAUGGACUCAAAUAUGAAUCCUUAAAGAGAUGGGUGGGGCUUAAGAGGGUGUGAACGAUGCUGAAUGGGUGUAGACACAGAAGAGCUCUCCAGUAGGUGUACCAAAACAUUCAAAGGCCAUUUUCUCAAAAGUGAGGUUACAAGUUUAUCAACUUUCAAAGCAGAAUUACUUUCCCAUUGUUCUUCAAUCAAAUACUUUUUUCCCUCACUGUAGGUGUUCAUCGAGGACCUGAGGGCAGAGUUUGUGGAGGACUUCAUCUGGCCGUCGGUCCAGGCCAACGCCAUCUACGAGGACCGCUACCUGCUGGGCACUUCAGUGGCCCGGCCCUGCAUCGCCCGCCGCCAGAUCCAGAUCGCACGCCAGGAGGGUGCCCAGUACGUCUCCCAUGGUGCCACGGGAAAGGUGAGGGGUCAAUCAACAAGGGGAGAGCAGAGAAGAACCCGGAAGGCUACAUGGAACCAUUAGCAUAUUGUUGACAUCUGUCAAGGUUCAUUUUAGAUGUUUGUCUGUUUGUAGAAAUCUAAAUGGUUUCCCAAUUAGCUUUUGGAGUGAGUGGAAAGGUCACAUUCAAAUAGCCCUCAGCUACCACAAUGGCAUUCAUUAGUCAGCCACAAGUGAACGAUACUGUGGGGAGACUGAACUGUGGGGAAAUGUAGUGUCCCUGCUCCAACUGUUGAUGGAGACAAAUGCCACUGAAAUGAGCCUUCAACCAACAGUAACUGCAAGAAGUCUCUCACUGAAAGUUUAUAUCAGUUUAUAUGCUUUUUCAACUACCAUUGGAAGUGAUUUUAACCUUACCUUGUCUUGGGUGAGUGAGAAAUUACCUGCUUGAUUAUCUCUGUCUUUGCUAGUAGUUUUCAGAUUGUUUCUGGACAUGUUACUAGGGUUUUGUGGCUGAAUGGUUAACUGUUGCUUUCAGGGCAACGAUCAGAUCCGAUUCGAGCUCACCUGCUAUGCCCUCUACCCUGAGGUUGAGGUGAGUUCUGUCUUCCACAGUUCCUCUGCAUUAACACAUCUGUAACUACACUACAUGACUGUCCCAUCAUCCAAUAUUACUUCAGAUAAUGCGCCAUACAAAGUACAUGCAUUACCCUCCCUCCUCUCUCUGUCUCCCGCUCAGAUUAUUGCUCCAUGGAGAAUCCCUGAGUUCUACAAUCGCUUCCGUGGGAGGAAGGAUCUGAUGGAGUAUGCCGAGGUAACACUUCCACAUGAUAGGAUCACUUCAUAACAUGUUGCCUGGCAGUGAGUGUGUGAUAGGAUCUCUUCAUACACAUUAGGGAUGUGACAAAUGUAAACAUUUUAUAGUUUAAACUGCCAUUUAAAAAAAUGUUUAAAUAAGACAGAAAAUCAUAAAAUGACGUGAAUUCACAAUUCACCUAUGGUCCUGUGUGUGACCGCUAGGGGGCAAUGCCGUUCAAUUUACCGUAGUCCUGGCUACCUAGCAGACCGCGCUCACCUUACUGCUGUCCCCCACCCACUCAACGUUGACGGUAGUUAAUGCCAUUUUAGGUUGUCUGCUGUGUCCCUCUCCUCCAUGUUCUCAGUUGUCAGUACAUGGGACUUCAUGUCCCACUUCUCAUCAAUGUGUUGGCUCGCUGCAGUGAUGUGUGACAGCGUGUUCAUAGACAUCCAACAAUCUGUUGUUAACGCCACGUAUGGUGUUUGAAUGCUCGCGCUUUGUACUUGCAGAGCAAUCGUACAAUUUCUCCAUCCGGGCCAUCACGUUUUUUUGACUUGGCAUCUUGUAGUCUGGUUCUAGAUAUGCCAUCAGUGCAUUGAAGCCAACAUCUUCUACCAUUGACAAUGGCUGCAUAUCAACUGCAAUCAUUUCUGUAAUCAGCGCUGUGAUUUUCUCACUGUUCCUUAUCGCACUGCUGCCAGCAACGGCUUGGGUCUCACGAUGCCUCCCUUUCAGAUGGUUAAGCGUUGCACCUGUACUGCCACUGUAGCUCAAUUCCACCUCACAUUUAUUUGCAUUUAUUUUACCACCUCAUUAAACUUCUCAAAGUGUUGCCAUACAGGGCUUCGCUGCUGUCGCUUCCCUGUCUCACUCUCUGCCACUUUCCCAACUGUUAACAACGAUGACGUGCUGAGCGCAUCAUAUCCGUGGCAAAUCAUUUGAAAGAUGCAUAUAUCCUCCAACAAAUGUUACAGCAUCGUUGCAUUAGGCAUUUGUUAAAUUGUUAUGUUUUCCUUUUUAUAAUGAUGAUCGGGACCUGUUAGUGGUAGUUCUCUGUGAUAACUGCACUGUGAUUUCAAUUUUGUUAAAGAUGCACUAUGCAGAAAUUGCUCCGCCAUUUCCUGGUUGCUAAAAUUCGAGUAGUUCGCCUAAUUUCAGUUUAAGUGACAAAACAAGCAAAUAUAGUGUAGAGCAGGGUUUCCCAAACUCAGUCCUCGAGACCUGAAGGGGUGUAUGUUUGGGUUUUUGCCCUAGCACUACACAGCUGAUUCAAAUAAUCAACUAAUCAUCAAGCUUUGAUCAUUUGAAUCCGCUGUGUAGUGUUAGGGCAAAAACCAAAACGUGCACACCUUGGGGUCCCGAGGACCGAGUUUGGGAAAUGCUGGUGUAGUGAAUCAUUGUACCAUCUAAACCGCUGUGAAAUAUUUUUUUGCAUAACCCAAAAUAUUGUGUUUAAACCUGUUUGACACUGGUGUACAAAAGUGAAAGUAAAAGAUGCAAGAAAGAAACUUAAAAUGUGAAGCAUAGAAAUAGCGCACAUAGACUUGAUUUCAUUGAGAAUGAAAGACCUAUAACUCCCAUUUCUAUGUGCAUUUUGUUGGCUUGCCCAAAAAAUUACAUAUUGUAGCUUUGGAAAAAAAACUGCUAGGGAUUUUUGUAAAAAAAAAGUAAGAUCCCAAUGUCAUUUAAACGUUCACACCCCUAAUACACAUGUUGCCUGGCAGUGAGUCUAUGAUAGGUUGUCUUCAUAACAUGUUGCCUGGCGGUGUUUGUCUUUGAGGUGGUGUUCUCCACCCUGCCCACUAGAGGGGGAUCAUGGCCUUUUAGUGAGCUGAAAGUCCCCUGUGUGCACCACUUUAUCAAGCUUUUCUCCCUUCCCAUUAUUUUAUUAUACAACGUUGAACUCAAAUAAAUAACGGAAUGACCAGAUUUUAAGUCAAAUCAACAAUCACAAUUGUUAAAGAACAGUUGGAGGUGAUAUGAUUGGUUUAACUGUUCAGAACUUAGCAGAUAAACAUGUAUUGCUCAGAGCGGGCUAGGUUAAUAUUCCCCUAUCUGUUCAAUGUUGUCAUUGACUCUUCUCUGACCUUUCCAUCACCCCCAGAAACAUGGCAUCCCUGUACCCGUCACCCCUAAAGCACCCUGGAGCAUGGAUGCCAACCUCAUGCACAUCAGGUGAGAAAAACACCAAUGAUGCUCACAAUACUUCCUGGUUAAAUUAAGGUUGAAGAAAAUAAAGUUUUACAUUCUUCUACAAAAAAAGUUAGUAACUUUAAGGCGCUAUUGGCCCUUUUUGGUCAUUUGUCUCCCACAUUAGCUAUAUCCUGUAGAGCAGUGCAUCCCACCUCCGUUCCUCGAUUACCCCCAACGCCACACAUUUUUGUUGUCUCCCCGGACAAUAAGGCCUGAUUCAACUUGUCAAGGGCUUGAUGAUUAGUUGAAAAGUAGAAUUAAGUGUGCUUAUCCGGGUCCACAACAAAAACAUAUACUGUUGGGAGUACUCGAGGACCGGAGUUGCGAACACUGCUGUAGAAUGACAAAGGGAAUGAAUGUGUUCACCAACAUACCUUCUCAUUGUCUGUUUCAACAGCUACGAGUCUGGAAUACUGGAAAAUCCCAAGGUAAGAUCUUGUUCCUGCUACAGUGUCAGAAACCUAACACCCAACACAUUGGUGAAUAAUGCAUGCAUGAGCAGGCUGAGGAAUCAAUUAGGACAAUGAUGGCACCUUAACCUAACAUCUCACCAUUCGUCCCAGUGCCAGAUUCAACAGGUUGUUACUCUCACCUCCUGCUGUCUCUGAAUCACAACAGGAAACUCCUCAAGAGUUCACAUUCUGUCUAGGUUCCAUUUCAUUGACCAUACAGUAUCUAUCACAUCCUUUGUCCACCUACUCAUAUUCAACAUUUCUCUCCAUAGUCAACCUGCCUGGUAGUUUAUAGAUUAUCCCUGUUUCACCUUUUCUCUUUUUUUUACAGUAUAGAUUAUUGUGUUGUAAUAUGUACAAAGCAAUAGCUGAUAGGAGCAGAGUUGUGAAAUUCCGCUAACUUUCCCAAAAUUCCAAGGUUUUCCAGAAAUCCCGGUUUGGGGACUCACUGAUUUCCUGCUUAUUCCCUCCUGAUUCCAUGAUAACCUCCAACCAGGAUUUCUGGAAAACCUGGGAAAUUGGGAAAGUUACUGGAAUUUUGCAACCCUAGAUUGGAGAGUGUAUUAAGAUAAAGUUAACACAGUGGAGAGCGCAGAGUUGUCGUCGUCCCCCAUCUCUUAUAUUGGCUCCAGCACAGACAAACCAAACCCUGAGCCCACAGUGAGACAGAGAUAGUUUGAUCUCUUCAGGGGUCAGAGGUCAAGGCUGUACACAAAGGUCACCCUUGACGACUCAAACCUCAUCCCUCCUUGUUGUCUCCUCUCACCCUAAACCUUGCCGAGCCUGGGAAGAGCCUUGGACACACAGACACUGACUUGUCAUCAGAAACGGCUCGCAUAAUUCCCGAUUUCAUGGGAGCCGGGGGAAGGGUUAGGGCAGCGUGCCCAGCUGGGCCUCCUUGGGGGACCAUUGUUUCUGGUUGCGCCGCCGCAGGCUGCAACGUGGGAGGGACCCAUUUCACCGUGACACCAGAAUGUCACCAGUAACAGUAAAGUACAAAGGCGGGCAGACAGAUGAGAUGGGUGUCAGGGAGGCGAGGGGUCCCCCGCUUUUGGAUUGGCGGUGCAGGGGCAGAACUAUAACGCAGGCUUUUCUCUCUCCGCUGCUCGCCCUGUGGAGAAAUUCAUCCUGAAAAGAAACAACUCAAUAGCAUAGCGAUGUGUAGUAUGACAGUAUUGUGUAAUUGAUUUAAUUCAUGGUUUUAGUCCCAUUUUACUUUCACAAUGAAUUUAUCAAUGGAAUUAAAUACGAUUAAAUAUUUAUGGUGGAGGAGAUACAAGUGAUAAAAGGGAUUUGAAUACAUUACUCGGGGCGUGUUAUGAUCCAUUUAAGAUUGAACAAACUGUAAUAAUUCUGUUUUUUGCUCAGUUUCUGCUCCCAUAGUUAUUUUAGAUAAUACCAUUUUUCUAAGUCUACUUUAAACAUUUUACUUUUGAUUUGUGCCUCAAUUUAAAACCUUUUCAGGCUUCUAAGAAACCUUACUGUAAAUUGAAUGUAAAACACUGAUGUAAUACUACAUCACUGUACUAUGUAAUUAUUAACCUCUUAUCAACAUAAGCACUCAAACAUGACAGUCAGUGAGUAGAUAUUGAAAAGGUAAUCGCAACCUUCUAGUUCUCAACUGUGCAUCUGCCUCCUAGGAGUCCAGUUACCCCCCAAGGCCUGAGCAGACUCCCUCCAUUCACAGUGCCUCUCCGCCCACCUGUAAACACAAUGGCUCCACUCUCCCCACACACAGAUUAGGAAAUGUCCAAAUGGUCGCUCAUAUGUUCCUUCUGAGAUAAGGCAGCCAGGGUCAGGUUGCACUGUGAUUAUUACCACUAGCUGGAUUCUCUCCCAUUACCCCAGAGGUUAGCCUUUAGCUACACCACUAGACUACAUUGUCUUUAUCCGCUCACAUUUUACAUUGUUCUUCUAGCUAGUUUUACUGGAUUAGGAGCAACCGGUGGAUUGAAGUUUCUAUGAAUUAUGGAAUUUUGAUGAUGUAUUUUCUUUAAACACAUUGCAAUUUAAGGGCAAGCAUUUCAACUCUGUAAGUUUAAACCCUAUGUAACAUAUCUAUCAUUUGCCUUAUUGAUAACAUGUUUUAGCUGAUCUGAUCAUACUUGUAUAAAUAAUGUGAAGCUAUUUAACUUGAGAAGGCUAGCUAGUUGUCCUGAAACACAACCCAAUAUCCUCUGUGUGGUCAGUUGACCGGUCAGGGGCCAGGUCCCUGGGGCAGUGUGACACUCGUCAGCAGUCAUUAAAACAUCACCUCUGUCUAAAUGAUAGUCCCUGGCUGUGGCUGGACUUCCCCUGGCCCAGUAGCCCAGUAGGAGUGAAGGCCAACGAUGUUGUGUGGGAAACCCUGAGCCCCUUUGAUCAGGCCCAGGGCCCACUGGUAUUGACUAAAGAGGUAGUAGCGGAACAGACAGGAAAUGAAACUUGUUUUCUGUUAGUUUGGGGAUGACCCGGCCCAUGGCGCAGCUGCCUAGGGGGAAGGAUGCCUUGGAUGGUGUGUGUGGGUGUCUUUUCAAGCACAGAGGGUUAGAUUUGUCAUGCAACCUUCUCGCCCCUUGGUCAGAUGGAUGGGUCUGACCUAUGAUAGAGCUCUCUGUCAAUCAAUUCAUCUCUACGUUUAAGUUGCUAUCUUAUAGUUUGUGCUUGUUACUAGUAUUGCCUUUUAGGCAAAGCUGUUGGUAGAUACUGUAGACAAAGGUUAAGAUCGCUUUAUUGGUCAAUUGCACACAAGUUUCAACCCAAAUUUGACUUCUGCUUCCAACCCCCCUGAAAUGCACACAUACACACACAGAUUUUGGAGAGGUGCGGGGGCUGCCACACUGGAUGCCUGGGGAGCUGUUGUUGUGAGGGUUUAAGUGCCUUGCUCAAGGGCACAACUGCAGGCAAUGGCGUCUAAGAUUUGAUACAGCAACCCUCCAGUUGUCAGCUCACUUCCCGACAGAUUUUUCCCGUCGGAUCCGGGAUUUGAACUGGCAAGCCUCUCUAACCGCUAGGCUACCUGCCGCCCCAUGAUAAGGCCAAUGAUAAUGUUAACCAAAUGUAGCUGGGUGUUAAACAUAAAAAAAUGGUCCACACAAAUCACUUGUAAUACAUUCUCAAUGUGCCAUGUUUGCAAAUGGCAUUUUAAAGACAAGGCCAGACUUUAGACGUGGUGAUUUAAGUGUCAGUUCCAAACCAGUGGGCCAGAGGUUUUUUUUCCAUCCUCCUUUCCCCUCUCUCUCCCCUCCUUUGCCUUUUUCUUUGGAUGCCACCGGACUCGAUUGAAAGGCAAUGAGGCAGCUAACGUGUGGAAAGAUAGAAAUUUACUCACUUUAAGUUCAUGCAGCCACAGCCCUCUUUCUAGGGGCCGCAUUGAGUGGGACCACAGCAGCACCACAAUAUGGCAGAACUGGAGAAUGGCUGCAAAAGGGAGCUAUGCACAGCGACAUGAUGGCUGAGCUUCACGCCCCAUUUGAUAGCAUUGCUCUCUCUUUCUCUCGCUCCAUUUCUAUAUUUUCCUCUCUUUCAGGGCCAGGGGCUUUGGGACAGGUCCACCUGCGGGGGGCUGGAAUUGAAAUGCAUUGAUCUUUAAGUACUGGAAACGAUUCCCUCGCUCUUUCCAUUUCUCUCUCUCUCACUUUCAUUCACUCGCGUCUCGUGAGCAUACAUGUUUGAAUUGAUAUUCCAUGUAUUUCCAUGUGAUGUUGUGUCUGUGUAGAGGUAAGAAGGAUAACAGCUUUAUCAUAUAGUGAACUCUUGCCGGCAGAAACAAUGCAUCUUCAUUGGUUAGGAUUGUGUAGGCUUUAAACCACUGUAGUAGGUAAGGCAACUCUGUAGAACACUAUAGUAACCACUCAACCAUACCCAGAUUCACAGAGCAAGGCCUACUCAGUCUUCUGUUGUUCAAAUGAAAUCACGCCAUCUUCCUCAGUUCUGUCCCCUUUAAUAGUAUGCAUCAAAUGGGUUUUUAGGGGAGUCAUUUUGCCCCACUCCUCCUUCCUCUCGUUUGUCGUCUUGGGCGCUGAGGCAGAAAAUUAAAAGGGAGAGACGGGAGCCUUCAAAGUCAAUGUUGGUGUUUAGUUAAAAGGAAAGAAGCGAUUGCACUCGUUCCCUGACGUGAGCAAUCUCUCUGCGGCUGAGAGAGAUUAGUUAUCGUAUGAUGAUUUUUUUCGUCUGGUAAAGGUUUUCAUUUAAAUGCACCCAGUGGUUAUUUUGCAUAGUUCCCCUGCAAUUUGCCUCAGCUCAGGGGACAUUGGCCAUCGUCUGGUUGUAAUGUGAGGUAAUUGGCAGGGGUGUCAGCCCGAUUAUUCAACAACCAACUCCCCCCAACUGGAAAACAACAAACGUCUGUCUCGCCUCCUACAACUUCAUAUGGCUCUCAGGAUAGGAGGGGUAGGUUGUUGUUGUGUGGUUCCCAGAAAGAUGAAUUCUUCAUCUGAAAAUAAAUAAAGGAGAAAAUGUCAGUCAAAGUCAAGUCCAGAAGAUGUGGAAAAGCUUAUGGGGAGGGGAGGCUGGAUGGCAGAAUUGGGAGAUUUGCUUGCGCCUUUCCAAACAGCCGGUGAAUAUUGUGUGGCAGUCGCUUGAGUACAUCCUGUCAUAGUAUCAGUUGUGUUUUGACUUAUGAAGUGUCUUCUUUUAGUGGAUUGGGGUCUGCCUCACUUUCUCUCUUUGUCUCUCUCUCUCUCUCUCUCUCUCUCUCUUCCACUUCUCUCCACCCUCCCCUCUGUGGUGAAAGGCCAAGCAGGGAAAAUGAAACCAAAUAGAGGAGAUAAAUAGGACAUUGAUUUUUGUCUUUUUCUCUCAGAUCCUGACAGCUUUUGAAGGUUCUUUUUUUCACGCAUCAUCCCAGCCCCCCUCCUAUUAUAUUUAGGCCCACAGUACAUUUACAUUUUAGUUCCAAACUCUCCACCAUGACCAAGACCAAAGAGCUCUCCAAGGAUGUCAGGGACUGGAAUGGGCUACAAGACCAUCGCCAACAGCUUGGUGAGAAGGUGACAACAGUUGGUGCGAUUAUUCGCAAAUGGAAGAAACACAAAAUAACUGUCAAUCUCCCUCGGCCUGGGGCUCCAUGCAAGAUCUCACCUCGUGGAGUUGUAAUGAUCAUGAGAACGGUGAGGAAUCAGCCCAGAACUACACGGGAGGAUCUUGUCAAUGAUCUCAAGGCAGCUGGGACCAUAGUCACCAAGAAAACAAUUGGUAACACACUACGCCGUGAAGGACUGAAAUCCUGUAGCGCCCGCAAGGUCCCCCUGCUCAAGAAAGCACAUAUACAGGCCCGUCUGAAGUUUGCCAAUGAACAUCUGAAUGAUUCAGAGGAGAACUGGGUGAAAGUGUUGUGGUCAGAUGAGACCAAAAUCGAGCUCUUUGGCAUCAACUCAACUCGCCGUGUUUGGAGGAGGAGGAAUGCUGCCUAUGACCCCAAGAACACCAUCCCCACCGUCAAACAUGGAGGUGGAAACAUUAUACUUUGGGGGUGUUUUUCUGCUAAGGGGACAGGACAACUUCACCGCAUCAAAGGGACGAUGGAUGGGGCCAUGUACCGUCAAAUCUUGGGUGAGAACCUCCUUCCUCAGCCAGGGCAUUGAAAAUGGGUUGUGGAUGGGUAUUCCAGCAUGACAAUGACCCAAAACACACGGCCAAGGCAACAAAGGAGUGGCUCAAGAAGAAGCACAUUAAGGUCCUGGAGUGGCCUAGCCAGUCUCCAGACCUUAAUCCCAUAGAAUAUCUGUGGAGGGAGCUGAAGGUUGGAGUUGCCAAACGUCAGCCUCGAAACCUUAAUGACUUGGAGAAGAUCUGCAAAGAGGAGUGGGACAAAAUCCCUCCUGAGAUGUGUGCAAACCUGGUGGCCAACUACAAGAAACGUCUGACCUCUGUGAUUGCCAACAAGGGUUUUGCCACCAAAUACUAAGUCAUGUUUUGCAGAGGGGUCAAAUACUUAUUUCCCUCAUUAAAAUGCAAAUCAAUUUCUAACAUUUUUGCCAUUCGUUUUUCUGGAUUUUGUUGUUGUUAUUCUGUCUCUCACUGUUCAAAUAAACCUACCAUUAAAAUUAUAGACUGAUCAUUUCUUUGUCAGUGGGCAAACGUACAAAAUCAGCAGGGGAUCAAAUACUUUUUUCCCUCAUUGUAUGUCUGCUAUGUUCUCAACUGAAUCUCCUCCUAGUCCCAUACUAAGUGAUAUAAUGAGCAUGAGAUGUCACAGUGAAAUGUGAAUGUCAUUGUGUGUAUAUUACAGAGCCAUGCUCCAGCUGACCUGUACCUGAUGACCAAGAGCCCAGAGGACGCCCCCAACAGCCCAGAUGUGCUGGAGAUCGAGUUCAAAAAAGGUGCGUGUGUGUGUGUCUGUCUGAAUCUCCUCAUCCCAUGUAGUGUGACUUUUUAGUCCUCUAGCUCAGCCAGGGUUUAUGAUUCAAAGUCCAGUCCUGACCUGUUAGUCCGUUCGUCCUGUCCACCAAUGGCUUGGCCUAACCACAGCCCCAGGGCUGCUGUAGACCCCGUGCUACCCUGCCCUCCCUGGCUGUGUUUAUCACUCUGACCACCCAGACCCAGGACAGCCCAGCCUCACACCCUGGAACAGACUGUCUAAACUAAAGCAGCCUGCCUGGGGGCAUGGAGGGGACGGAAGCAUUAAGCCAGCUAAUACAACUGACUGAGGGAGGCCCAGGAAAGUGUCACAUUUGCACAGUCACAGAAAAGAGACACACAUCCCAGCCUGGGGCUAGAAGCACAGAUCCCUCUAAUCUAGCUCCUGGUCACAAGUGUCUGUGUGUAUAGAUUGGGCUACAGGCCACUGAGGCCCGCUGGGACUUCAAAAGACAUGGCAGGACAUUAGCCUCUGAUCAAGGUGAUGACCAGUGACAGUUUUAUGACGUUACUACUACAUUGAAGCAGUUCAGAGAGGAAUAUAAAAGAAAGGAGGUUUCAACUGUGAUUUACGUUUGUAUCUGGGUGCUGUUUUAUGCAACUUUGAAGGUUUGUGGGGUUUAUUUGAGAUGUAUAUCUAAAAUAAGUGAAAUUGGAGGGAGCGGGGCAAUGAUAAAGUUUAUAGACAACUGUUAAAUCCUCAUUUGAAGGAAGGUUUAAAAAAAAUAAUAAUUGUAACUGGUAAUGGGAAUCUGAAACUGUGAUGUCAUCGUAUAACCUGGUUUCGCCUCUGCCCUUUGCUCAUUUGCAAUCAGUUUUCAUUGUUUUUUUCUCUCCCCUUAUUGAGUGACUAUGACAAAAGCUGUUUUAGUGCCUCACACAAAGGCUUUAGCUUACUCCUCCUCCUCAAGCACAAGAUCAGCGCAAGAAUGUUUCAUUUCAUUCUCCAUCUUUUCAUCUCCCACCAGCCUUUUUUCACCGGGCUUUCUUACUGAUUAAAAAGAAGAACGAAACUUUUUUCUUCAGCAGCAGUUUUCCCCUUCUUUCUUAUCCCUCUUCCUUUCAUUGAAAGAGGGGGAAAGGAAAAAGAGAGAGGAAAAAUUUAAAGCAGUAAUUUUUCCUACAACUGUGUCUGCUGUCCCAUUGUUUGCACUGUUCAUUUCAGCGCUGAAGAAAAGGGCGGGGAGGGAAAGAAAGGCCCAGUGAAUGAUAGACCCCGCGAGAUGGAGGAGAGGAGGACGAGAGGCCCGGCCCUGCUCCCGCAUUCACACCCUCACUUAAUUUAUUUGAACUUUUAAUCUAAUUAUUAACUAUUUGGGGGAUCAGGGGGCUUUGUCGGAGCGCUAUCCGUGUGCCCUCUCCGGCUCUGGGAGUUUUCCUCAGGGGCCGAAGUGACAAAGCCCUUGUCUAAAAAUAUUUUGUCAAGUCCUUUACGUGUCAUUCGAACAGGGCUUACAUUGGGGCCCAUUGAAAGGCAACCAGGAGUGCUGCUUUUUUACCGGGACUUGAUUGGCAACUGCAAGCAUGCUAAAUGCUAAUGAGCGCCGGAUGGAUAGGGGAGUGACUAUCAGCAGAUUUAUUUUUCUUUAUUUUUUCUUCUAUCCUCCAUGUGUCUUCAAAAGCUCUUUUAGCCCCUGCCCCCUCCCCCGCCCAUGUCCCAGUCUAUUGCACCUCCUCCACCUUUGGCCUCUCUGUUGCUCAUUUUAACCUAUGAAUACUAUGAAUAAGCAAGUAAAUGACAGUGAUUUAUACACUCAGUGGCCAGUUUAUUAGGUACACCACCCCUUUCAUGAAGAUGGUUCGCUGCUACAUACAGUGAGUCACGUGGCCGUGGAUUGCUAUAAAGCAGGCAGACAGGCACCAAAGCAUUCGGUUACUGUUCGAUUUAACGUUAUUAUGGGCAAAACGAGUGACCUAAGCGACUUUGAGCGUGGUAUGAUCGUCGGUGCCAGGUGUGCCGGUUCCAGUAUCUCAGAAACAGUCGGCCUCCUGGGCUUUUCACGCACAACAGUGUCUAGAGUUUACCGAGAAUGAUGCGACAAACAAAAAACAUCCAGUCAGCGGCAGUCCUGUGGGCGAAAACAGCUGGUUGAUGAGAGGUCGAAGGAGAAUGGCAAGAAUCGUGCAAGCUAACAGGUGGGCCACAAGCAGGCAAAUAACGGCGCAGUACAACAGUGAUGUGCAGAACAUCUCGGAACGCACAUCUCGUCAGUCUUUGUCAUGGAUGGGUUAUUGCAGCAGAUGACCACACCGGGUUAUACUCCUAUCAGCAAAAAACAAGAAGAAGUGGCUCCUGUGGGCACCCGAUCAUCAACACUGGACAAUUUAGGAGUGGAAAAACAUUGCCUGUUCUGACGAAUCCCGGUUCCUGUUGCAUCAUACUGAUGGCAGAGUCAGGAUUUGGCGUAAGCACCGUGAGUCCGUGGCUCCAUCCUGCCUGGUGUCAACGGUACAGGCUGGUGGUGUAAUGGUGUGAGGAAUGUUUUCCUGGCACACGUUAGGUCCCUUGAUACCAAUUGAGUAACUUUUCCAUGGAGAAUCCCGAAGAAGUCAGGCUGUUCUGGAGGCAAAGGGGGGUCCGACCCUUUGGUUUAGUGAGUCUUUGUAGAGAACGUUGGGGAUGGAGAUUGAUUGGGGAGCACCUAGGCAUGUGUGCUUAUUAGGAAUGGUCAAUGCAUUAUCCCAUGCCUCUCCAACGCGCGCACACACUCAUACCGCAGUGCGAGACUAUUGGUAGAAAAGGUAUGGGUGACACAAAGCCCGGGUGUGUAAUUCAAUUAGGAAAGGCCUGUCUGUGAUUUCACAGCCUUCAAAUGAGCAGGGCUUUUGAAUUUAUUAGUACUUCACACCACAUCCCAUUGAAGUAUUCUACCAUUAACACCCCUUAUCCUCCCUCCUCCCUCCACAUUCCCCCACAUCCAAAUCUCUCUUUCUCAACCUCUACUCCCUCACUCUUUUCAUGGUCUCUCCCAUCUCCCUUGUGAACUGUGCCUGGGAAUCAGUCUCUUCACUUUGUUCAUUUUUAGUGAACAAUAGGUGUAAAUGGAAAUGUAAUAACAAUUUUGCCCAUAUAUAUUGACUCAGUCAGAUUCAUCCCAGAUUCACAAAUACUGCCCAUGUCCAAAUCCAAAAUUAGCUGAAUGUGAUGAGAUCAGAUCUGAAACAGUAAGAGAACAGUAUUGUUAGCCUUAAUGACCUACAGUAUUAUGAUGAUGCAGUAUCUCUCCAGGCUGUUGCCGUAACUGAGUGUCUGACUGUUCCAUUCCAACCCAUACAGGUGUGCCCAUCAAGGUGACCCACGUCAAGGAGGGGAAGUCCAAGGAUACACCGCUGGACAUCUUCUCCUACCUCAAUGAGAUUGGGUGAGUCUGACUUUCUCUUACGUCAAUGAUAUUGGGUUAGUCGGACAAUCAGUAGGGAGAGCCAAACUGAAUGAGAUUCCUUUAUUGGCUGCAUGGAACCUCCAUUAGAGGGCAGUGUGUAAACCCUUACUGCUGUGUUUUGAGCAAAGUGUGGGUGUAUGUUGGCGAAAAUACAGAAAUAUUGACUACUGUACUUGGUGUGUAAGACUUCCAUUGUGGUUUCCAUUGUGGUCUCUCAGAGGGAAGCAUGGAGUUGGGAGGAUCGACAUCGUGGAGAAUCGCUUCAUCGGCAUGAAGUCCAGAGGUAAGGCAAUGACAAGGUGUAAUGAGAGAGCCUAUAUGUAUAAAGAGAAGAGCUCCUGAGAGAAUAAAUAAAGAUGUAUUGAAUUGAAAAUAAUGUAUACUGUAUCUCACUAGCUUUGGUUAAAAUGUACUUAUCUUUUAUAGAGAUGGACAAAUACAUACAUUCAUAGAUAAGCUAGCACAAAGACACAAUACCUACUCCACCAUAAGUGGCAACACUUUCAUGUCCUAUCCAUUUGUAAAGCUUCCUGUGACAUCUAGUGCUUUCAGGCAAUUGCAGUCAUUUUAUGUCAGUGUUAAAAGGAGACACUUGCUAUUCCACUUGCAUAAAAGUGUUGUGGAGGAAAAGCAUGACCAUGAACAAACAAAUGAUGUGCCUGUCUCUUUCCUUUCAGAGGAGAUGUUUCUCUGGUUCACCUGUAAAAUGAGGUUUCUGAUGUGACCCACUUUCACAUGCAGACUGCCCUCACAUUUCUCUUUUUGCAGCCUCCCACACACAGACACACACUGUUGUUCACAGAUACACGCUCCAUCUCGGCAGUCAGCCACUCCUCCGCAUUACUUCUAAUUCCCCUCUCUCCGUCAACAGAACUUCUCAGAAACUUCCUUAUUUCUGCUCUACCUGUAUCCCACAGCAUGCUUAAGGGCCGUAAGGGGCCAAGAUGUUUGUGGUCACCAUGUCCCAUGUCAGACAGCACGUCACUGACUCCCUCAGUGGCCCCGGCCUCCUGCCACACUGCAUUUCUACUCCUCACAAUAACCUGACCAGCAAAUUGACUCGCCAACACACUCCGUCUAUGGCGUAGAGUGGCAGGUAGAAAAUGAAAAAUGGGAAGCCCACUUUUCUCCCCCUUGGCUGCACAAAAGAUCAAGGCUCAUCUUUUCUACAGAAAUGGGAGAGAAGUGUGAGGUUUGACGGCAGUGAAUAACUAGUAAAGAUUGUGUGUUGGUGAGGAGGAGGGGGAAUUGCACAAAAGAUGCCAGGGAGGGUUGAAGAGUUGACAGACUGAAUGUGUCAUUUAUUUGUAUGUCUUGGGGAGGUGGGGUCAAGAAGGCGGGGUAUGGAAAUGGUUGUCAAGAAUGUUGUCAGUUCUCGGCAAAACAUUCAAUGGUGUAUGUAAGUGGUGUACACCUGUCAACCCUUGUCUGAGCUCUGAACUCUCCACUAUGUGACGAACCAUGUUGUACUGAGGAUUUGUAGAGAACUUUAUAGUGAUGAUUAACCUGUUUGAUUGGUAUAUUAAUGGGGGGGUGGGGGAAUCUUGUUGUUUUUCAGGCUUUUUAGAUUGCUAUCAGACCAACUUCAACUUUUCUUGUUUCAGGAAUAUAGGCCUAGUUGAAUUGAAGAACCACAAUUCUGAAGUCUGUAUGUUUUGGUUCUUGAUCAGAGGAACCUCAGGAAUGCAAAGCAGGAAGCAGGCUUAAUGUGUGUAUGCCUGCAUUCGUGGGCUGUACGCCCAAAGGGGUGCAUCAGCUCAGCCCAGGUGGGGUUAAUGCUUAGUCUUAACCCCUCUACCCCCUCUAGCAGAGUUGGCCUACCUACAGAUAAACUGUUUAAAAGAUUAAUACCUGGAAAUCACUGGUGUUUUUGUCUGCCUAAGCUUAACGAAGCCACAGUUGAUUUAGCAAAGGUAACAUAGCCUUUUAUUGUUCAUUUGUCUUUCUAAUCUAUCUUUGGGGUGCUUAAAGUAAAUUAGGUUAAAGGGCAGUUUUAACAGUUUUAUCAGAUAGUGACAGUUGAAAUAUCCCUGUUUUGCCCACUGUUGACUUGUCUUAGUGGCUCAGAUUGCCACUUUUUGAGGUUUAGAUAAUUAGCAGAUUUGCUAAGUCCUGUUUUGGGCAGCCGGUGCUUUGUAAGUGCUUCUCAAUUUUCAGAUUAUGUUUGGGUCCCCCCCUCACCUUCAGGUAGGCUACAUCUAAGGCAAGAAUUGUAUAGGACUUAGAAAGGUGCCCCUUCUCCUAACAGUGAAUUGUAGUCCCAACACAAGACGCCCAUCCGCAGAGUUUAAAUCCCAGAGACUGAAUGGAAAGGAUGAAGGACUUCCGCCACAGGAAUAUCCUCCUUCAAUCUAUCCUGUUAAUGCUGCCCACACGCAACCGUAGUCGAUUAAACAGAGAUGGCCCAGUGUUUAGCGUAUUUGAAUGGAAUUAUUUGAACAGAGAAACACUAUCUCUUCUUCUCUCCUCUGCUCUGCUCUGGUCUCUUUUCGGCCUUCUCUUCUUUUCUUCUCGACCUCAUAAGACAGACAGCUGAGUGACAGCUUCAUUUCUCCUGUCAUCCCCCCCCUCUCUCCGGGGGCCUCCUACCCUGUCAUUUGCCCGCGACAGGCUCAUUCUGACUGGGGUGAUAUACUGUGGUGCUGGCCUGUCUGUCAGCCACAGUGGAGGAGGAGGACGGUGAAGAUGGCUGGUGCCUAAUAGAGCUGUCUGAGUUUAGUUGGUCCUGGAAGGAAGUACACUGAGGUUGUCAUGGACACAGGACCAACAGGGACCUCUUCUGAUCAAUUUCAAAUAAAAUUGUAUUGGUCGCAUACACAUAUUUAGCAGAUGUUAUUGCGGGUGUAGCGAAAUGCUUGUGUUCCUAACUCCAACAGUGCAGUAAUAUCUAACAAUACACACAUCUAAAAGUAAAAUAUGUAAAUAUUUUGUUUGGGGUGUGGGGGGGGGGGGGGAGCCACUUCAGACUAUUUUGAAAUGCAACGCAACCUAUGUGCUUAAUGUGUCUCUACACCUUUCGUUCCUCACCUAGUUGUGUGUGUUUCUGUGCUCCCCAGGUAUCUAUGAGACCCCAGGAGGCACCAUCCUGUACCAAGCUCACCUGGACAUUGAGACCUUCACCAUGGACCGAGAGGUCAGGAGGAUCAAACAGGGCCUGGGGGUCAAGUUCGCUGAGAUGCUCUACAACGGUACGUUUGGCGUAUAACGCAAAAAACACAAACAUUAAAAACAAUGCUCAUACAGCAUUCAGAAACUGUGCAUUCACUUCAUAUGGAGUGCAUGAUCAUUUUCUCUCCUAGAACACACACAAAAUGGUUAGUCAAAAACUAUUCCGCCUCAAGAUAAUAUAUUUGAUAGCAACUGCUCAAAAAAAUAAAGGGAACACUAAAAUAACACAUCCUAGAUCUGAAUGAAUGAAAUAAUCUUAUUAAAUACUUUUUUCUUUACAUAGUUGAAUGUGCUGACAACAAAAUCACAAAAAAAUUAUCAAUGGAAAUCAAAUUUAUCAACCCAUGGAGGUCUGGAUUUGGAGUCACCCUCAAAAUUAAAGUGGAAAACCACACUACAGGCUGAUCCAACUUUGAUGUAAUGUCCUUAAAACAAGUCAAAAUGAGGCUCAGUAGUGUGUGUGGCCUCCACGUGCCUGUAUGACCUCCCUACAACGCCUGGGCAUGCUCCUGAUGAGGUGGCGGAUGGUCUCCUGAGGGAUCUCCUCCCAGACCUGGACUAAAGCAUCCCCCAACUCCUGGACAGUCUGUGGUGCAACGUGGCGUUGGUGGAUGGAGCGAGACAUGAUGUCCCAGAUGUGCUCAAUUGGAUUCAGGUCUGGGGAACGGGCGGGCCAGUCCAUAGCAUCAAUGCCUUCCUCUUGCAGGAACUGCUGACACACUCCAGCCACAUGAGGUCUAGCAUUGUCUUGCAUUAGGAGGAACCCAGGGCCAACCGCACCAGCAUAUGGUCUCACAAGGGGUCUGAGGAUCUCAUCUCGGUACCUAAUGGCAGUCAGGCUACCUCUGGCGAGCACAUGGAGGGCUGUGCGGCCCCCCAAAGAAAUGCCACCCCACACCAUGACUGACCCACCGCCAAACCGGUCAUGCUGGAGGAUGUUGCAGGCCAGCGUUCUCCACGGCGUCUCCAGACUCUGUCACGUCUGUCACAUGUGCUCAGUGUGAACCUGCUUUCAUCUGUGAAGAGCACAGGGCGCCAGUGGCGAAUUUGCCAAUCUUGGUGUUCUCUGGCAAAUGCCAAACGUCCUGCACAGUGUUGGGCUGUAAGCUCAACCCCCACCUGUGGACGUCGGGCCCUCAUACUACCCUCAUGGAGUCUGUUUCUGACCGUUUGAGCAGACACAUGCACAUUUGUGGCCUGCUGGAGGUCAUUUUGCAGGGCUCUGGCAGUGCUCCUCCUGCUCCUCCUUGCACAAAGGCGGAGGUAGCAGUCCUGCUGCUGGGUUGUUGCCCUCCUACGGCCUCCUCCACGUCUCCUGAUGUACUGGAUCAGCAGGAAGCAUAGGAACUGAGAAGUGGUCUGUGGUCACCACCUGCAAAACCAGUCCUUUAUUGGGGGUGUCUUGCUAAUUGCCUAUAAUUUCCACCUGUUGUCUAUUCCAUUUGCACAACAGAAGUGUGAUUGACUUGGAGUUACAUUGUGUUGUUUAAGUGUUCCCUUUAUUUUUUUGAGCAGUGUAAUUUUCACUUGCUUUCAAAGCACUUUACAUUGAUGAGAAAUUGGUAAAAUUAUGCAAAAUACGUUACACUGAACUGGGUAAUAAAUUAUGCAUGGCAGAGGGCAGCCAUUUUGUGCCAGAACACCUCACACAGUAGCCAUCUCUGUGAUUGACAGGUGAGGAGUGACUGUUACUAGUUCUCUGCCUCUCAUAGAGGUAAUGUGUAUCUGUGUGACUGAAUGACUGGGGCCUAGGCCUCCUGUCCGCCUGGCCCUGGCUCAGGUGUCCUAAUCCCCCAGGCCGGCCUUCCUUCAUCCCUAUAAUAGGAUCACAGCCGUUAGAGACUGAUUACUGAGCCACUGCAAUUAAACCCUCAUGAGAGGAGAGAGCUGGCCAGGCAGGCAGAGAGACCAGGGAGAGAGAGCAAGACACAGAGGUACAGGCGCUAGCUAGCUCCCUCCAGGAGGGGGGCAGAGAUUAAACUCAUUAUAGUCUUAAAGCGUGAAAUACCACUGUCUCUGCUUGGUCUCUGCCUGGCCCACUGCAUGGUCUAAAGGCACAGGGGAUUCUCUGAACAGAACACAGUACGGAGAGAGAGAGAGAAAGAGGACAGCUGUGGCUGGAUCCAUCCACUCAGCCCUGGCCUGACUAUGAUAUUCACACACCAGUGCAGAUUCAGUGGAAAGGGAACGGGGGAGAGGAUUGUUCUUGGGAUUGGGAGGUGGAAGGGCAUGGAAGAGAGCGAGAGCCACCCCAUGGAGAUGGGCAUCGUUGCCCUCUAUCUCCCAAGUCCAGCUGUCCCCCAGACAGACAGCAGGUCACCUGGGUGAAGCAGUUGAGUGGGGAGGAGGGGAAGGGGUCUGAGCCUCACCUGGAGCGAUGGGACAAGCGCUUGCAUGAGGAGUGGGAUGGGAGGAGGAAGUGGGGUGGGUGGGGGGGGGGUCACAUAUAUGCACAAUUGUGCCACCCUUCUAAUGGAGGCUUAAGGAGGAUGUCCAUAACAUCCCCGUGCGCUGGGGGUGGUAGUAGUAUGUAUACAUCUAUUUCCUUGUUGUCCCCAGGUUUCUGGUACAGUCCGGAGUGCGAGUUUGUGCGCCACUGCAUAGACAAGUCCCAGGAGAACGUGGAGGGCAAAGUGCAGCUGUCUGUCUUCAAAGGCCAGGUCUACAUCCUGGGCCGUGAGUCGCCCAAAUCCCUCUACAAUGAGGAACUGGUCAGGUAAGGACCUAUAGCAUUGUGUGCAUGUGACUAAUCUCUGACUCUGGGUACAGUAUAAUCCGUUCACUGCAUAUAUGCAGUAUCUCUAUUGUUUGCUCAGGUCACUUCAUUCUCCACUGACCCCACACCAACAUUAAAUGGACACUGGCUCAAAAGACAUCAGUGUGGAGCAGGGGUGUCAAGCUCAAUUCCUGGAGGGCUCUCUCCCCAUUGGCCUCUUAGCUGUGGAACAGUGAGUCCAUUCAGGCCCCUGACCCCCAAUGCCCUCUAUGCCCUCUGGGCUGGCUCAGUGCUGACCAAAGCAAAGCCUCCAUAUGCCCCGUUCCAUCUCCCUGCCACCGCUAAUGGCAUUUCCAGCCAAAGGAGAGGAGAGCGCUGCUUUUAGGGCCCAAGCACAGGUUUCAUGCUAGUUAAGCAGGGGGAGCUGUGCAGCUGAGAGCUCAACCUCUCUCGCGUUCUCUGAACACACACACACUCCUGUUGGUGACCGAGUGUUGGAUUGCACUGGAGGAUAAGUUCUUAGGGGUGCUAUUCUGAGGUUAACAGAUGUGCUGAGUGUCCUGUGAAGGAUCCCAUUGUGGCCCAAAGUCCACUUAUACCACCUGAAGAACUGCCCCCACACACACACACCAUUUCACCCUCCCUGGUGGGCAGCUAGCUGCGUCUUUUCAACAGGCUCCAGUAAACAGUGUCAUUAACACAGUGGUAUAGCAUCACACACAGGCUGCAUUGAUCUGGGACAAAUGUCAAAAUGUUGCCUUUGGCAGUCAAUUAGACCACAUGGUUUUUCCUGUGUUUUCACCUUCUGGAAACCUGCUUCCACAGCCAUUCAACGCCUCAUAGACAGCACUCAUAAGAUGGCAGGUAGGGCCUUGCCUUUCUCUCCACGGAGUCUUUUUUUUUUCUGGCGUUCUUUGAUUUCCUCCAGCCCAGUGUGUCUGUGAAGGAUGAGUGCACGUCUUAGAUUAGCAGCUGGGGCUCAGUGGAGGAGGAGCGGAGGGUGUCAGCACUGCAGGUAGAAACUACUGUAAUUAGGUCCUAUUCCCACUACGAGAUAUGAAGGCGAGUCUGAGUAGCGGUGUGGCGAAAGAUUAUUCUACUUUUCAAUUCACAUUACAUCCUUGCCUUACGUUUUGUUGUGCCUGGCAACGCGACAUUCUUGGUCCGCAGCUCAAAUUGAGCGUAAAUAUAACAGUAGCCAGUAAGCACAAACUAUUCAGCAAUAACCAGGUUUCCAUCCAGCCUUUCUAUGCGAGUAAAGUACAUGUCGGAUAAAGUUCACAACAGGCCUGCUGGAAACAGCUCAUUUGUCGGCAAACUUUCCAAAUGUCGACAAAACAAAAUACACUCAACAAGGUGGGUUCAUUUAGUCGGUAAAAUGAAUUAUGCGAGAAAUGGCGGUGGAAACACGUUUAUACGCAAAUAUUUAUAUAAUAACCAUCAUAUCAAAGUAAACUUGGAGUCAUGCCACUACGACUUGGGAAAGCAUGCAGUUAUUAGGCUACAGAUGAAAUAAGUUAUGAUGAACUUCACAGGGUGGUGAAAGUGCACGGUGAUGAGCUUGAUGCUCCUUUUAAUAAAUAUCGAGGGUCUUAUUCUGGUUACAUGAUGAUCGAUGCUUGGCUGCCAUUUGACAAAUAGAAAUAAUAUCGCUCUGUCCAUAAUAAUCUCAUCAUGUAGGCUUUACCCGGACUGUAUCUACGAGCUGUUGGCUAGAGCGCACGUGCCGAUACCAGAGUGGGCACAUUCGCUAUACAGUAUAACGCACAUUUAUUUUGUGAGAACACCAUCAGCAGAGUUGAAAAUGCGAUGGAACCCCAUUUAACUUGUACUUUUAAUUCGGUACAUGGGAAUUUAACCGCACAAAUUAUUUUUUAUGUGCACUACGUCAUCAGCACAGUUUUUUUUUAUCAGCAAUAAGUCAAUUUGAAGGAAACAUCUCUGGUGGGAAAAUGCGUGUAUUGUUUUUAUGCUGAUUUUAGAAUAUUUGCAUGAAAAUCUGUCGCCAAUUGGAUGGAAACCUAGCUUUUAUUGAAUAAUACAACAACCAUAUUACACUUAAGCAAUAAGGCCCAUGGGGGUGUGGUAUAUGACCAAUAUACCACGGCUAAGGGCUGUUCUUAUGCAUGACAUAACGCCUUAGCUGUGGUAUAUUGGCCAUAUUGCACUCUUGGAUAAUACAACAACCAUAUUGCACUCUUGGAUAAUACAACAACCAUAUUGGACUCUUGGAUAAAACAACAACCAUAUUGCACUCUUGGAUAAAACAACAACCAUAUUACACUCUUGGAUAAUACAACAACCAUAUUGCGCUCUUUGAUAAUACAACAACCAUAUUGCACUCUUGGAUAAAACAACAACCAUAUUGCACUCUUGGAUAAAACAACAACCAUAUUGCACUCUUGGAUAAAACAACAACCAUAUUACACUCUUGGAUAAUACAACAACCAUAUUGCGCUCUUUGAUAAUACAACAACCAUAUUGCACUCUUGGAUAAUACAACAACCAUAUUACACUCUUGGAUAAUACAACAACCAUAUUACACUCUUGGAUAAUACAACAACCAUAUUGUACUCUUGGAUAAUACAACAACCAUAUUGUACUCUUGGAUAAUACAACAACCAUAUUACACUCAUUUACAUUUUACAUUUUAGUCAUUUAGCAGACGUUCUUAUCCAGAGCGACUUACAGUUAGUGAGUGCAUACAUUUUCAUACUGGCCCCCCGUUGGAAACGAACCCACAACCCUGUGGGUAAUGUUAUUCACUGUCCUACCUCUCCUGUGUGCUAUACGGGUGUUGGAAUAACUUCAGCUUAGAAUGAGCAGUCUCUGUGACUGCCAAAGACCUUCCCCAACCACAUAGGCCUACACAAUAACUUGACUUACUCCCCUCUUCUUUUGCCCAGUAUGGACGUGCAGGGAGACUAUGACCCAUGUGAUGCCUCUGGGUUCAUCAAGAUCAACGCUGUCAGGUCUGUGUCCUUCAUAAGCAAACUCAAUUGUCAAAAAAGUUAUAUUUUCAAGAAGGCUUCUUGAGCGUUAACCAUCUUUUUUUUGUUUUUUGAUAAAUGUGCUAACUAACUCUCUGUUCUCUCACUACAGGCUAAGGGAGCACCACCGUUUGCAGGGUGAAGCUCGCUCCAAGCACUAGGGCUUGGCGGUCAGCCUUGGAUCAUCUUUCUCUCCACUGUGUCUUCAGCAGCUUUAGACUUCCCAAAGUUUACUCUCUCACCCCUCUUGCCUUACCAGAGUAGUUUUCUAGUUUAAUAUUUCAUAUUAGGAGGUGUUUGUUACCGUAUGUUCUAAUAAAACAUAUUUGGGUCA